AUGGGAAACAAACAAACAAAACAUGAUUUCCAUCACUACCAUGGUAGUCCCAUCCGUAAAACACAAUCCAACCUCUCUCAUCAUUCCUAUCCUUCUCCUUCGCUCAAUCAUCAAUAUCAUCCGAAUGGUGGCCAUAAUAACCACAUGGAUACAACAACACAUGUCUCAGCAUUAAACAGUGCUACCAAUUCCCGUAAUAAUUCUAGUUUUAAAGGCUUAACGCUCUUGCAAAAUAUUGGAAAACGGUUAUCAAAGAAUCAGAUGAUGGCCAUCCCGAACACAAUAGAUGGUAAAGUACAGCAACAACAACAACAACAUGGGAAUGAUCAAUCUCCACCACAAUUGAGUAAAUCCUUUUCGUAUCAUUCAACUCGGAAGAGCCGAACAUUGAGUCAUGACGAUGAAGAAUUUGAUGAGCCUAAUCAUCAUCAUGAACAAGCACAACAACAAGCAUCCACACAGAAAGGAGGACGAGGAAAUAUCAGUGGCAACAACAGCAAUCAUUCCAUGAAUUCAAGUGUUUUAGGAUCAUCAUCGUCAUGCUCUUCCACUACUCAUAUUCCGACUGAAAGUAUUAAUUCUUCCAACACAACUCUUAGUUCCAUUCUGUCGUUGAGAGUGGACCACCAUUCUCCCUCCAGUAUCAACAACAAUAACAAUAACCAAAUGACCAAUUCCAAUGUAAUGGAAGGAACCACACCUCCAGUAUCAUCAUCAACAAGUCCUACGACGAAUCGAGUCCACAAAAAACGAACCUUUUCGGUUGGAGCUCUCUUCAAACGAAAAUCACUUUCUCCGAGUGGUGGUGUUGCUGCUGCUACAAGUCCUCCGAAAUCAUCAUCAUCCCCUCAAUCGCCUUCUUCCCUUGCACUGGAUGAUACAAAAACAACAACAACUAGUAUUGGAAAAACUAGUCGGUUGAAUAUAUCAAAUGGUUCCAAUUCUCGGCAUCCAGAAGACGAAGAAGAAGGAGAACCAACUCAUACCACAACUGCUACUGCUACUACUUCACCUCCGAAUGCAUCUUCCUUUUCAUCAUCAUCGCCACCACUUCCCUCAACAUCUUCUCCCAAAAACAACCUCAAAAACGAAUCUCUCAUUCUGGGUUUGAAAUCACUCUCUCAAAAAUCACCUUCAAAACAACCUCAACAUGAAGAAGAAGAAAAAUCUGUGAAUAGUGAACUCACUCUCAUGAUCCAUCCUCACCUUAAUAAGCAUUCACAUUCAUAUCUAACGACGAGUCAUCCAAAGAAUAACCUCAAACCAAUCAUUACUCAUAAUAAUACUCACACAUUAACAGAACCAUCAUCGUUUCCACAAGAUGAAGAAGAAAAAGAACCUUCUUCUCCAACCGAUUCAAGUGCUUCCUCCAUCUCUUCUGUGAAAAUAUCCUUUUCACAAUCUACCAAAGGGUCCAUGUCUCCCAUGCCCACUCGAACUGUGCCGUCAUUAACCUUGUCAUCCAAUGAUCCGAGACGAAAAAGUAUUGGUGCAUUUAUAUUUGAACCUUCUCGAUUUUUGGUUCCGAAAACAAAGAGUCGAGACGAGUUGACCUUGUCACUGUCAAAUUUAUCACAUAGUCCUCAAUCUCCUCGAUCUCCUGUAGAAUGGACCAUUUCUGAAUCGAGGAAGGAACUUCGAAAGAGAGUUUUUUCUGUGAGGUUGGACACCAAGGAGGCCUCUACAUUAUCGAAUGCAUCGAUUGCACGUGCCUUAAUGAAUUUGGAUGUGGAAAGUGUAAUUGAGCAGCAACAGCAAUUAGAACAAUCCAAAGUGACACCUCAUGUGGAACGCAAGGAAGCAACGCUUCAAAAGAAUUCUCAACAACAAAAUGCAACUUUACAUCAAACCAAACAAAAUGCUCAAACUCCACGAGGCAUUGAGCCGCAAAACAUGUCAGUCUUUGCAUUCAAAUUUCAAUUUUUAUAUUCCAUGAGUACAACUGAACACAUGAUUGAGAAGCAAUUGAAUAUGGAUAGUUUGGAGAGAGAUUUUUCGAGUGGAGAGUUGGACUCUUUGGAUGCUGUUGUGUCACAACCUUCACUGUUGUCCAUGUCAACACAACAAGUGUCAAGUCAUGGUGAAAAAUUCAAAACCUUCGACGACAGAAGUCACGAAAAAGCAUUAUACGUCCGAGGGUUACAAUCCAUUUUCGAAAAAUUGUGUAAAAGUCAAUUAGCUCUCUCUGGCAAAAAAGAAGAGGAUGUUACAGAAGAAAUUACACAACAAGAUCGUGACUCAUUCAAAAUUGCCAUCAUGCUUGGAAUUCCACAUCAAGCUACCAAAAUGAUUCAUCACGAAAUUGAUCAAGUCUUAACUUUUACUGGUGAAUAUGAAUAUUAUGUGGAAUGUAAGAGAAAGGAAAAACGAGAAUUAAUGCUUUUACUUCAAAAGUUGAAAAGUGAAACCAAUUCACAAGCUGAACUCGUGCAACAACAAGUUGAAAAUUUCUUUAUCAUGAAGAGAGAACAAUUCCUUCUUUCGACAUGGUCCUCUUCAACCAGUGCCAGCAACAGUACUAACAACCAUUCUUCUUCGUCGUCGACUCUUCAACAAAAUAAUUCGUCUCAACCAUUGGUGACACCACCUUCUCAACCUCCAGUUGUUGAGAAUGAUAGCUCUACAGGGAGCACUACCAUUGGCAUUUCAUCAUUUUCUAGAAAUAAUUUAAACAAGAAUCAUGAGAAUAAUCAAAAAGAAGCAGGAACAGGUUCACCUUAUCCUUCUGCUGCUCAUCAUCAUCAGAGAACUAAUUCGAAUGAAUUUAUUUUGGAUACUUCCAUUGCAAAUCUUUUCAAGGCCGAUCGAGUCGAUUCCGAUUCCAAUUUCAUGUCCGAUCGAGAACGAGUCAUUAUUGAACAACAAUCCAUCAAAUUCAAACAUCCAUUGAAAUUGUACAUUCUUUUCACAACGAACAACAAUCAAAUUACCAAUGUACCAAAUAAUUCCAUUGUGAACUCGAAAUUCUUUAUCAAAAUGCUUUCGAGAUUGGGGAAAAUUACUGGACUUCUCCCACAAUUUGGUUUUCUACACAUGUCACUUGUAUUGGCAUCGAUGAGAUUUGAUUGGCUCGAAUGUGAAUUAUGUUCACCAAAAACCAAAUUGAAAUCCAUGAGAGCCAUUGCAUGUAUUGAAGUAGGAUCCAUCGACAAUUUCAAUGAUUUAACAAAAGUGACUCGAAUUUUAGGGAAAAGGCUUAGUUUUUGGAAUCGAAAUGUGCAAUAUUCAAGAGGAAUUGGAUAUCACUAUAACAUUACCACGCAAACUCAACAGCACAUGACCACUGACAAGGAAACUCAACAAGGAAGUUGUCAUCAAUUUGUUUUUGACAUUCUCGAUUCUCUCUCUUCAGAUAUCACCUUAAAUCACGAAAAAGCUCCCAUUGUGGACAUGUAUGAAUUGUUAAAAGAUGAAACUUUAUUAGGAAAGAAGGGAUGUAUUGGAUCUUAUUUGGAAUGGUCUGCCAAUAAUUUAGUGAAAGAUAAUCCUGAUAAUGUAGAUAAUAUGGAAUGGUGUCGUUUGGAGUUGAAUGAAACCAUUCGAAGAAAAUAUGUCACUCUUCUUCGAGACUAUAUCCAACAACAGAGAUUACUGUAUACGACCAUUCAGCAAAAUAUGAAUAACAAUAGUUCAUCUAAUACAACGGGUGACGGAGAGCCACAACAAGGGGAAAAUGUUGUGAACAACAAUGAAGAUCUUGCUGAAGAAUCCACCAGUGAAGUCAUUUCCACAUUACAAAGUUUAGACAAGACACUCAAUUUAGUAUUAUAUGGAAAUUUAUUUGCUCAAAAACGAAGAAAAUCUCGAUCUCUCUCUAUUGGAACUCCAAAAUCUCCACUCGCAUUCUAUCCACCCUCUGCUGUUGCGAGUAAUAGUGCUGCUGAAGAAUCACCUCGAAAGAAAAAGAAGGAAGAAUUCUCGGGUGGAUCUGUCACGAUUUGUUUUCCAAAUCAUUCCUCACUGGAUGAAUUUACGAGAGACAUGAUUUUGGUAUCUCGUAACGAUCCCAUACCCUUUACAGAAACAUCAGAAUAUCACUUGUUGAAAAGUUUUGAUCGAGCUCUAUGGUUACGAAAUAAUUUUGAUAAGGACAAGAUUUGUAAAGAUUUACAACUCUUUCCAAGUUCAUCCAAAAUUACAGAAGACAAUAGAAAGAGAAUAUUACAGGGUAGGGAUCCAUUGACGACUUUGGAUUAUUUGGAUGAAAUGAUCUAUAAUGAUGAGUCAUGGGCAAGUAUGUUAAAUUCUCUCAAGAAUGAACCUGGAAAAGUGAGAAAAUUUGACAAGAGCAAACAAACGCAUACGACUUGUUUGAUUUGUCCGUUUGAAGAUCCUAGAUAUUGUUUGCCUUAUAUUGAGUCAAGUAAUGGUGGAAAUGAGUAA